AUGUUGGUUGCAACCUAUUAAAUUGAUUUCGUGACACACUAAAUAGUUCAUAACCCUCAGUUUAAACAACUCUGACCUAGACGCCUGCCAAGUCUUAGGAAAAUAGGAAGGAGUCAGCUAAUUAAGUUUGGGAGAUGCAUAGUCUAAGGCAUUGGUUCUCAACAUUGGCAGUGCAAGAUCACGUGAGGUACGACUGAACACGGAGAUCUCCAAAACUGCGGAGAGUUGUGCGUGUGCACGUAUGCACAGACAUCUACAUGGAAAUGGCUGUAACGCAUCCAGCCAUAAGGCGUACAAGGGAAUUAACCGACUUGCAGAGGGAUCCUCCUGCCCAGUGUUCCGCGGGACCUGUGGGUGAUGACUCAAUGCCAGGAGAGUAACACAUCCUGACUCCACGGAGAGAGAAGAAUGGAAGCUCUGCGUUUGGACCCUCCUGAUGUUAACUUAUGCUGUUUCCCUGGGAUAACCGGCAAUCUCGAGCACACCCGCUUUCAUGUUCCACUGGCAGGCCACCAUCAUGGGCCCGAAUGACAGUCCUUACCAAGGAGGUGUUUUCUUCCUGACCAUCCACUUUCCUACGGAUUACCCGUUCAAGCCCCCAAAGGUUGCUUUCACAACCAAAAUUUAUCACCCUAAUAUCAACAGCAAUGGCAGCAUCUGCCUUGAUAUCCUGCGGUCUCAGUGGUCUCCAGCGUUGACUGUGUCAAAAGUUCUCUUGUCCAUCUGCUCGCUGCUCUGCGACCCCAACCCCGAUGACCCUCUGGUGCCAGAGAUAGCCCACACCUACAAGGCCGACAGAGAGAACACAGAGUCUUGCUCUGUCUCCCAGGCUGGAGUGCAGUGGUGUGAUCUUGGCUCGCUGCGACAUCUGCCUUCCAGGUUCAAGCAAUUUGCCUGCCUCAGUCUCCCGAGUAGCUGGAAUUACAGGCGUGUGCCACCAUGCCGGGCUAAUUUUUGUAUUUUUAGUAGAGACGGGGUUUCACCAUGUUGACCAGGCUGGUCUCGAACUCCUGGACUCAAGUGACCUGCCCACGUCGGCCUCCCAAAGUGCUGGGAUUACAGGCGUGAGCCAUCGCGCCCAGCAAGGAUUGCCAUUUUAAUUGUAUCUUCGCUGCUUCUUUGGUCUUUGCUUAAACAAAACAAUAAAUCUUAACAGUUGGGGAGAAUGCUGUUACCAGUGUCCUCUAGGAAGGCUGUUAGCAUAUGACUGUACUGAGCAGCAGUGCCAUCUGGUGCCUGAGAUCAUGUGCUUCAGGCAGUUGUCACACUGCAUCUACAGCCAAGCAUCACAGAACACUUCACUCGUGGUCAGGGAAGGUGGGACUGAUUCACAUGUUAGAGACACAUCAGAUGGGAAAAUUCAGGCCGAAAUUGGUGUUGGGGAAUAACCAUUCUCUGGUCUUUCAAGUGUAAUAACUUAUGAUUCCCAAGAAACCGAUGAAUUUUCUGAGUGCAGACAAAAUUUCCCCAAGCCUGCUCUCUCUGUUGGAUAUAUGUAAUAAAGAAAGUCAAAUCAGCCCUUUGGGGUUCGUGGUAAAAAUUCACUCACCUUUUGAAGCCUGAGGUGGCUCUUUACCUUCCAGAUCUCUCAGCAAAUCCCAUGGGCAGAAAUGUCACCUGCUUGCCAUGUCUUUGAGGGGUUCAGGUCAGCCUGGAGAACAGGCUCCUUAGGUCAAAAACCUUGUUUUAAGAGCCACUGCGGUUCAGUCAAUGUAACCCAUUUGUGCAGAAGCCAUGCUUCCAAGGAAGUUCUCAGGUUGGCAACUAGACAGCAAAUCUGAGAAGCCACCUGUGGAGUAAUGUGUUUUUCUCUCUGUGGACAAGAGAUAUCAGAAAGGUGCUUGAUCUUGAACAAUUGAUCCAUGAUGAACAAAUGACCAUUAGCUCUCCCCCAGAAGCUUCUGGGUUUGCUGAAUGGAGCUGCGAUUUUGAUCCUUUAUCAGACUCCAGAAAGAUCCAGGAGUUCCAAGAACAUGGCAAAGAGUCAAAAUCUUAGGACAAGGAAUGAAAAUGCCAGAAUGCAAAUGUCCAACAGUCCUGGUAGUCAUAGCUAUCAACACCCUAGAAUUCCACACUGUCUCACUGCAGUUGCUCAAGGAUGGAUAUGUUUCUGUCUCUGAAAUUCAGGAAAAAGCCUUAAGUGCCAGAGAAGGUGCUUCCAAGACUGUCUGCAGAAUUCCUUUCCUAGGAUCUGUCCCUGGUGCCCAAAAGGGCAGAGAAGGAACCCUAAGAUUAGCAUAGAGCCACUCAUCUCUCCUCCCCUCCCCUUCCCUUCGUCCCAUGCUUCCAUUUCCCAUGGCUAUCUCCUCUGACUGUGGCACACACUUCCUCUCCAGCAGUGUCGAGAAAGGUCUGGACCUGUAUUGAAUCUAGCCAUAAAUGGCGGUCUUCAGAAAAAUGGAGAUUAUGGCUGCCAGCACCCACAAGACAGCCCCUCAUGCCAUGCAGGCAGCAAGCCAUCCUGAAUAGCAUUCCUCUCAGAGUCUGCUUCCUCACCUGCUGUUCACUGGUGAGAGGAAAAGGGACUUGUUCUCCCUUGACCAGUUUUCUAGUUUUCCUGUUCCCAUCCUGGUCUUUGCCUGAUGACAGAGAAACUUUCUAA